AUGCCCGAGGCGCAGCGCCUGCUUCGACAGAGCCUCCCGUCACCGAUACCUAUGAACAGACACCGGGCCCACUACGAGUUCGGCGCACUCUCCUUCACACGUCGCACACCCCAGCACCCGGACCAGAAUCGUCUCCUCAACCCGGCUCUGCCCCUCGCCGACCGCAUUGACGACCGCAUUGACGACCGCAUUGACCCAGUUCAGACGGACGUCUGGUCGGUACCGCAACUCAUCUCAACACAACACAACACACCUGGGCUGACAUCUGCAGCUCCUACACCCCGAGGCAGUAAUGCAUUGGACUCUGCUCACGCUCGCUCUGGCAGCUCUUGCCAAGUCGGAGCUGCACGACCGUGGCGGCGGAGAUGAUCCGCCCUACACCUGGUACAAGACAUACGAGACAACAGCGCCCGUGGUCACUGCGACCACAUCACAAUACAGCACGGUCUGUACCAGUACAUAUGAGCAGACCUGGCCGGGAAAGGAGUCGACCUACACGACGACCACGACAAUCACCUCCUAUGUGUCUGAGAAGGGCACGUAUGUUCCGGUAUCGGUCACGACCACUCUCCCGGGAACGACGGAGACAGCAACCACCACUUACACAACUCUGACAACCGAGACCGACUACAUUACAGAGUUCAAGCCCACGACUACGACAGAAACCAUCAUCAGCGUCUCUAAUCAGACACAGACGAUCAGAGAAACAGACACCCAGGUAUUUCAUCAUCGCUGCCAAUCACUGGGUAUGCGGAGCACCUACUAACUCAUCGCUAGUAUGUUCCCACCCCGGUCCCGUAUCCGACCACAGAGACGGACUUGUAUCCAUCGCCAACUACCAUCUACUCGAGAAUCACAACGCCGACCACCAUUUACUCCUACUCUACUGCUUACGAGGACAAGACGAGCACGGUCUACACAUAUACUUACACAGAUGUCAUCUCGACAACGACUGCCAUUGUAAUCAAGCCCACCACGGUACCCACUACGCUCCCCGGACAGACAGUCAGGACUACUGUUUACGUUCCGCCGAUAACGACUACUGUAUCCGGUACAGCUACUAUUAUCUCUGGAUCGACCAUCACUACAACAGUUGUCGUUCCCACUACGAUUCCUACUACGCUUCCAGGCGAGACGAUCCUUACUACCGUCUACAUUCCCGGACCAGCAACAACCAUCUCCGGGAAAGUGACCACACUGCCGGGCACUACUGUGAUAAAAACAGCCCCUGGCGAGACAGAGACCAUACCAACUACUGUCUAUAUUUCUGGGUCAGUGACUACAAUCUCCGGCCAAGUCACCACACUGCCGGGCACUACUGUGAUAAGUGAAGCCCCUGGUGAGACAGAGAUCAUACGCACUACUCUCUAUAUUCCUGGACCAGUGACUACAAUCUCCGGCCAAGUCACCACACAACCAGGCACUACGGUGACCACAGAUAUCUUUGAAACCGUAACAGUAUCCGGAUCCACAGGCGUCGUUACUGGUCCAGGAAUUGAUCAGACAGUCACUGUAUCGGGUAGUCCGAUCUCUGUACCGGGCCCAGCAACAACGAUCGAGCGUACUGUCACUCUCUCGGGAAAUGCGAUUGUGGUGUCUGGCGGGGCAACGACGGUCACUGUCGCUGGACCUACAGUUGUCGUUGCUGGUCCUGGUACUACAUUGACGCAACCUGGAUCUCCAUAUGCUGUUCCUGGUCCUGCAACGACCGUCACGAUCGCUGGAAGCCCCAUCGUCAUUCCUGGCCUAGGUACUACCGUAACUGUCACUGGACCUGCUGCUGUUCAGACGUUUCCGCCUUCAACCGUCACAGUCCAGCCGAGCGUUGUUACACAGACCGUGCAAGGAUCCAUCAUCACCGUAACACGCCCCGGUAGUGUCUCUACCGCGCCUGGCAGCACGGUCACACUAUCCGGCUCGGUGUCAGUGCUCACUCUUCCAGGAACCACAGUCGUCAACAAUGUACCCGGAUCCGUGUCAGUCCAGACUUUGCCGCCUUCCACGGUCACUGUGACGCUGACAGGUGGCAUCGCUACCAUACCGCCAUCUGUCGUCACAGUAACUCAGGCUGGAUCUACGGUCGUACAAACAGUUCCCGCGAGCACAGUGACACUUUCAGGAUCGCUCUCCGUGCAAACGCUUCCUGCAACGACUCGGACUGUCACACUGAGUGGUGCUGUCACUCAGACGGGCUUUGGCAUGCCGGGAUACACGGUUACCGUCACUCCGCCUGCACAGACAAUAUUUGUUACUCCGCCGCCACCGCCUCCUCCGGCGACGACAUGCAACUCCUCCGGUUUCUAUCCCGCACCAGACGCCUUGGCUUGUGGAGGACGAAGAUGCUCAAUUCAGAUCGAGGAAGCCGCGGCUAUAGAAUGGUAUGUCCGCUUCGGGAAACUGUCUUGAAUGAUCACUGACCUGGAGCAGGACUCUACUCCCCGACUCACCUCCCUUGAAGACUGAGCUUGUCUUUUCCAACCCUAGUAUUAAUGCCCGCUGCAUCACGACAACUUGUAAUUCCGACGCUUUCUCGUCGUUCUACGCUACAAGCGUCGCAAGCUGUGCGCGACCACCCUGUCCUUCCAACUCUCUUAACCGCGAUUGCACCAUCGUGUUUGGGCCUUUUGAUAUCGGCGAUGGCACAACGACGAUGAUGUGAGUAGCAAAGAUACUGUCACUACGAGAGUCCGCUGACAUUUGCAAAGCACUCAGAAUGGCUAUUCAGGAACGACGUACAUCCUUGGCCCCACUGCCGUGGCAAACAGCGUUCCUGCAUGUGGACCCGGAGGUGCUUCUUGCAUCACGGGAAGCUCUACGACAUUCGAUCAAGGCUUAAUCUACACCGGAGAUGUCAGUACGCAGACGAUCAGUACGAUGGGAGCCAUGGAGACCAACCUCCUCUUUCCCGAUCUUCCGCGAUACUUUCCGGCAGGCGACCCCUUCGGAGGCUGCUCUAGUGUUGUUCUCGAUCCUCCACGUCCAGCUGGAUAUAUGAACAACCAACACAUGAAACGUGCUGUUUCUUACGAUGCAGUGCCUAUAUCGGCGAGAGCAGCUCCCGAUACGACGAUCACACAGAGCUUUGACAUCCAACCUCUUAGUGCUCCUGCGCUGGUGCCUUCAUCGACUCCUGUAGCGUCUCCAGCGCCAGCGCCUGCAGCUGCGUCUCCUAGCUCUGCGAGUCCUCCCGGUCAGUCUUCCAGUCCAUCGCCGGCUGCACCUCAAAGCUCAAGCCCGGCGCCGGCACAAGCUUCGAGCCCAUCAGCUGCAGCAACAUCUCCUGCGCCUGGUAAUUCUCCAGCGGGAUCUUCCACUGUCGUUCCUGCUCCAGCACCACUUACAUCUCCAACCACGAUCAUCCAACAAAGCACAGUAAUAUCGCAAGGACCCACAGUCAUCACCCAGACCGGCUCCGUCAUCACUCAGUCCGAGACUGUCAUCAGCGAGUCCGGCACCGUCCGAACACAACCCGCAACAACCAUCACCCAACCCAACCUGGUCACCACGCAGCCAGUAUCAGUCUACACACAGUCCGGCACCACCAUAACGUCCAUGGCCACGAUCGCAGGCGUUGCCCCCUCCAGCGCUCUUCCAGGCCCAGCAGGCACCACCGCCGGCUCCGGACCCACAACCGCAACCCCCGCACUCUCCUCCACCGACAUCAACGGCACAAUGUUCAUCACCACGACCGUCUACUUCACCUCCAUCAACCCCAACGCCACCAGCUCCCUCGCAAACCAGAUCUCCUCUCUCGAAGCAGGCCUCAGCACCCAGCCUGCUGUCAUCGGGAGCUAUGUUUGCGGAAUUCUGGGUUGCAGCUACAGUCCGACGGGGACUUAUCGGUCUACUGGUAGUAGUAGUACCACUGCAUCCGCGCUUGCGACUAAUACGAGUGAGGCCGGCGGGGGUUUGAGGCCCGGGUGGGUGUCGGUGUUGUUAUUGCUUGUCACGGCGGUGGUGUUUAGUAUUUUCUAA